GGCUCUCGCACGAAAACCCAUCCAAAUCCAAAACCCGUCUGCAAGGGUCGCAUCCUACAGAGCCCUUCUCACGAGGGCCUCCCCGCAAAUUUCCUCCUCCUUCCUCCCUCGUCUCCGUUCCCCUUCGGCGAUGGCCGCCGACCCCAACCACAAGAAGGUCGUGGUGAACUUCCAGUCGGUCGCCAACGCGCCGAAGCUGCGGCAGUCCAAGUUCAAGAUAGGCGGAAAUGAGAAAUUUGCGAGGGUGAUUGAAUUUCUUCGUCGCCAAAUUCACCAGGACACAGUGUUUCUCUAUGUGAAUAGUGCAUUUUCCCCGAAUCCAGAUGAGUUGAUAUCUGAUUUGUACAAUAACUUUGGAAUCGAUGGGCAGCUGGUGGUUAAUUAUGCAUCAUCCAUGGCAUGGGGGUAAAAGGACAGUCACCAGUCGUUGAGCACUUCAAGCCGAGCCUCAAGCGAAAGCUCUUUCGUGCACCUUGAUGUCCAACGUAGUGGCAGUAACAAAAGAUCAUUUUCCGCAUACUCCAUCUGGCAGUGAAAAACCGUCUUCAUGAUCCUGGUAGGCAUCAUCGACAGUGCUGUGAUGUUUCUUUCUUUGGCUGCGGCCCUGCAGCAAGAUGCUUACCUGUUAACCUUUCUUCCAAGGAUUGCUUUGUCCUCUUCCUUUUAACAAUUGCUGUCAUGGUCAUGUCAUUAAGACGGCUUUCAUUAUGAUUUAUGAAGGUAGCAGUGAGCUACUACAAGUGUGCAUGUUCCACAUUAAGGUGGUUCCGUACACUUGUCAAUGA